UAAUGAUUUAGAUGAGGAGGAAACGCAAUGUCCCAGAGCCUAGCUUCAACGGUAGCAUGUUUAGCAACCCCAAUGUCAACACCCACUUUUGGAAAGAAAGGUGCUCAAACGAAAACCAACAUAAGUACAAAUCUAAUGUAAAAGGCAUUUAUUUGGGAAAAUUGACCAAUGUUCCUGUGACAAAUGACUUCGCCCAAAACGUGACGAAAAGGAGCUUUGAUAACCCGCUUUCAAUCCUUGAAGCCAUCCGAUCAGAGGAGAGUUUCCGGAAGGACAAGUUCCCCGGAAAGAGCAUUUUCGGAGCUAAAUCUUCUAAAGGAAAACUAGUCCUCCCUAUUGAGAAGAGGGAGUUUAAUCAUUUCUCUGACCGAAAAAUGGAGGUUAAGAAGUCUGAAUCCCACAAAUCGAGUGUUAAGACAUAUGACGAGCCAAACCAGAUGUCGUGGAUGACUACCUCAAUUAAACUUUCCCAGCCUGAAAUUAAGCGUUUCCAAUUCUUCAAAAACAAAAAUGUUGAGAGAAAACCAUACCAGAAUAAUGAGAAAAGUAUUGUUCCUGAAAAUUUUGAGAAAGACCACAAUAUCAGCAAUUAUGACUAUCUAAGUAAGAUCUCACAUCGAAAUAACAGUGUUGAGAAUAUCCUUGAGAGGAGAUCCAAGAUACUCCAGAGUACUGCCAGAGGUCGGAUCGAAAAGAGUCCUCACCACAGACAUCAAAAUAAGUCAAUGGUAUCAGGCAGAGUCAACCAUCAGAGUAUGAUGAGUCCUAUUACACCAUAUAAGAACUUGCACCAUUCUAUUAAUAAAGAACCUCUGAGAAACACUCCGAGACAGAGCCAUAUGUCCCUCAAAAGUAAAUACAAGAGUAAAAUGGGCUAUAUUCAGUCCGCAAUAGGCCUUUAAAUUACAAAAAGUGUAUUAAGGUACUUCCCAGGCUAUUUCAAUAAAAUAAUUGC